CGCAUCACUUCGACAAGCAAUUCGCCUCUGCCUUUCUCACAUCACCAACACCCCACCUCUCGUCUCUGCUUGCGAGCAGCUCGUACGCGGCGACUCAGCAUGCUCCACUCUUGGUUGAUCUGAGCAUCACUUCUUGUCUGGCUACGCUCACGAGCAGCUUCAGCCGCCUACGCAAAGAUGCCUGGUAGGCUCGGGCGACCAUCCACAGCGUGGCACGAUGUCGGUGGAGGUUCGUUGAGCGACUCUCCUAUACCCGGUGCAGCUCCAACGCGCAGGCGUCGUCCCGUCUCGAUGGACUUGCUAGCAAGCCCACCGCCUGACUAUUGGGGUCUCGGCACUCACGCUACCGCAACUUCUGCUUCCGCUCCCGUCGCCCAACGUGGUUACCAGCAACCGCGCGUGCUGACGCGAGCCCAAAUCAGCCAUGUCGGACUCGGCGAAGAUCGCAUCGCAAGCAUCGUGCGCGAUGCAGUGGCGUCCGAGUUCGCGAAGAACGAAAAUCUGCGCAAUGCUUCGAGGCGACCGAGCGCUGCUCGCCAACAGAUUGUCGAGAUCGUGGGACGUCUACAAAGAGUCGAGGCAACCUUGCUCGCCGGCCUCUGGGUCGUCACACUCUCGCAAUGGUUUCCAAUGCCCGGCCUUCUCAAGCCUUUCAUAAGCGACAUCGCUAAAUUUGUCGUGUGCUUCGUCGUCUUGCCGCUGCUACUGCUCCAGACCGACGCGUGCAGGUCGGCAGUGGCGCAGCUCCAACAUGCGUGGCAGGCCUUGAAAGCCGACAUCGCCCGUGGUAGAGCAGUCUGGGCUGAAGUCGCGCGCCGAGAACGUCGCCGAUAG